UUAUACCCUUCUGGAGUUUGCUGUAUUUCCAACUAACAUUUUUCCUUGUCUCCUCUCUUCUUCUUCUUCAAUUUGAUUUUCUUUUAAACCUUCCAGUCGCAGGGCACAAAAACCAGAAGAGAAAACUCAGAAACUUUUGGGUUGGAUGAUCGGAGAGAUGAAGUAUGCGGACGCUUUGUGACGUGUGUGAAAGUGCCGCCGCCAUUCUGUUCUGCGCCGCCGAUGAGGCCGCCCUUUGCCGCGCCUGCGAUGAUAAGGUACAUAUGUGUAAUAAGCUUGCAAGUAGACAUGUAAGAGUUGGGUUAGCUAAUCCGCCGAUUGUUGUUCCUCGCUGCGAUAUUUGUGAAAAUGCACCUGCUUUUUUUUACUGUGAGGUGGAUGGGAGUUCUCUGUGUCUGCAAUGUGAUAUGAUUGUGCAUGUUGGGGGCAAAAGAACCCAUAGUAGAUAUCUUCUGAUGAGGCAGAGAGUUGAGUUCCCGGGAGAUAAAGCUGGGCAGACGGAGGAGCCGCCGCGGCUGACCUCAGAUCCCGGCCAACAGAACCACGCCGCCGCCGCCGCUGUUCCGGUUUCAGAUAACACUAAAGAUGGUCAUGCCAAGAGGGAGAAUAAAAUGAUCGAUUUGAAUAUGAAACCAACCAGGAUACAUGGCCAAAAUUCUAAUAAUCAGGAAUAGCAGAAUGCAUAGGGCGAUUGAAGCGCAAACUCGACCAGAAUAUACAGGGGCCGGCGAGGCAUAACAUUGGUGUCUUCUGAUUCGAUUUCGUUCUAUUUUUCUUCUCCCAAAUACUGCCUACUGAAUCAGUGAAUUAAGAUUGUGAGGGCUUCGUUCUAUUUUUCUGGGUAGCUAGUUAGUAGCAUUAGGGAAUUUUUCUAUAGUAAGAUUAGUAGGAUUUCACUGUUAAUUGCUGUGCUGUGAAGUUUUCCAUUUAUAUAUAUACAUAUAUAGGUGAUAUAAUGAGUGUAUGCCCAAUUGUACUUUUGCUAAAUCUCUAUUCUCUAGUGGAAAGAAAUUGAAGAAUUUGUUCCGUGAAGAAA